ACCUCGGCUUUAGCCAAUAGGCAUCAGCCACAGUGUAUCCAGUGUAUUCGUUCGCAGAGGUGGGGAGGGGCUGCCCAUAAAAGGCAGCUGGGUUGGGGUCGCGCGCACCAGAUCUGGGAACUGUCGCUCCUCUGGCUGUUUGUGUCCCCAGCGAAGGUAGGAGCAGAGGCACCGGCACCGCCCUCUCGUCUCUCUGGUCUGGUCAGGCCGCUGCGGGCGGAGCCGAGCCUUGGGAACCUAGAAGACAUGGAGUCCGAGCCCGUCACCCUGUUGGUGAAGAGCCCCAACCAACGACACCGAGACCUGGAACUGAACGGAGACCUGAACUGGAGCGUGGGCCGCCUUAAGGCUCACUUGAGCCGCGUCUACCCUGAGCGACCGCGAGAAGAGGACCAGAGAUUAAUUUAUUCAGGAAAGCUGCUGUUAGAUCACCUUUAUCUCAGAGAUAUACUACCUAAGCAUGAAAAACGGCAUGUCCUUCAUUUGGUUUGCAGUAUAAGAAAUCCUUCAAAAAUGCCAGAAAAAAUUUCUGAAUCUAAUGAGCAGCCUACUGGACUAAAUCAAGACCAACAUUCUUCUGUGGAUUCCUCAAGUAGUGGAUUAAGGCAAAGGGAUGUUCUUCAUAAUCCUUCUUCACUUGCAUGGGAAAAUAAUUCAAGAAUGGAAGCAAUUCAACAGACCUUCCAAGGUGUGAGUCCUGGCUUUUCAGGCUAUACUACCUAUGGCUGGCUACAGCUCUCCUGGUUCCAACAGAUUUAUGCCAGGCAAUAUUACAUGCAAUAUUUAGCAGCUACUGCUGCUUCAGGGGCCUUCACAUCAUCACCAAGUGCACAAGAAAUUCCUGUAGUCUCCACACCAACUCCAGCACCUAUUCAUAAUCAGUUUCCUGCUGAAAACCAGCCUGGCAAUCAGAAUGCUGCUGCUCAAGUGGUCGUUAAUCCAGGAGCCAAUCAGAAUUUGCGGAUGAAUGCACAAGGUGGUCCUCUUGUAGAAGAGGAUGAUGAGAUGAAUCGUGACUGGUUGGAUUGGAUCUAUUCAGCAACCACAUUCUCAGUCUUCCUUAGCAUCCUCUAUUUCUAUUCCUCUCUGAGCCGAUUCCUUAUGGUCAUGGGUGCCACACUUGUUAUGUACCUGCAUCACGUUGGGUGGUUUCCAUUUAGACAAAGACCAACUCCACAAAUUCCAAAUAAUAAUCCUCCUCGAGUAGCCAUUAAUCAAGAUCCGAACAAUAAUUUACAGGAGGAAAAUGCUGAUGGAGAUGGAGAACCUGGAUUAGUUCCUCCCCAGCAGGAUUUAUUGGAAGGUCAACAAGGCAGCCCUUCAAUUAUGAGCACUGCAUGGCUUGUCUUCAAAACAUUCUUUGCCUCUCUCCUGCCAGAAGGCCCCCCAGCAGUAGUGAACUAACCAGUUCGAUUGCCUAGCUGUUAGAUAGUUUUCCAAGUGUGGACUGACUGGGUCGUGUAACUCCAACUUAACGACUUACUUGUCUUCUCAACUGGACAGGGCUAUGACUCCGAAUAAUUAAAAGAACCAGCAGGGAUGUUCUUUUGUGACCAAGCAAAUACAAAAAAGCAGGAUCCCGAAUCCAUGUUACGAGUUUAUGGACUUCAUGAAGUACAUCGUGCUUACUAUGUCUUUAUUCCAAAGAGCUUAAUAUAUGCUGAAUUUAGUUUAAUAAGCAUUUUAAGUAGAAGGCAUUAGUGUUGCACUGUUUUGCCUGAAGAGCACUUAAGGUUGUGUGUUUGCAUGUGUUUGUACAUAGAUGUAAUAGGAGCAGAAUGCUUGGUUCUGCCCAUGUGAUUUGAUUCCUGUUGGAAUGUUUUAAAUGUGGUUUAAAUUACACUAAGUGUAGUACUUUGUAUAAUCAAUGAAAUUGCUAGACAUGUUUUAGCAAGAUUUUUCUAGGGAAGAUAUAUGUCUAAAUUGCUUUUUUAAAUGCAGUGCUUUAUUUUAAACCAAGGGAAAAUUUGUAGAGGUGGAAACCUUUGCUGGGUUUUCUGUACAAUAAAGUUUUCCUACAAAUGA